CCUGUGUGCAAAUCAGAACCACUUCCCACAACAGCAUCAGACAGUAAUGAAGUGCAGCCAUCUCUUCUCCUGGGCCUUUGUGCUGGUGGCCUCUGGCACCCUGCUGGCCCACCCUAUCACAGAAUCGGCCGAGAUGCCCUAUCCAGGACCAGCGUCAGUGGAGGAUCGCGUUAUAGGAAUGCUGGAUGACGAGUUUCUUCCUGAGCAAACGUUUAUUCCUCAGGAUGGUGCAGCGCUCCGAUAUUCCACUUUUAUGUCUGGGGAAGUUGACAGAGAUGGUGUCAGGACGACAAAUCUGGUGCCAAGAGGAGUCAAGAGAGAGGUCUUAUUAGAGAAACCAAGUCUCCUGAAACCUUACAGCCGCUUGCUGGGCAUCCGUAAGCAGUUAAGGAAGAGAAAUGGAAAUUCAGAGUGUUUCUGGAAGUACUGCGUCUAAAAACCGAGCUAGUUGGUUAUCUGCCUUACAAGAAGCAGUGCUUAAUAGAGAGGGAAACAUGUGCUUGAUACACUUUUAAAGGGCAGACAAAGCAAACAUCGCACUCCAUGCAUGCAUACAUUACAUGUUUCCAAGACUCAAACCUUUACCUUCAGCUGAUUUACUGUCGGAUUUACUUUUAAACUGUGGAAAGUCAUGUUAAGAUCUUUGUAUGUACUCAAAAUUAUUUGAGAUGUAAAAAUCAAAGAAUAAAAAGAAAAGUGUCAAAU